GUAGUGCAGAGGUUCCUCCUGUGAGGCAAGCCUCCAUCUCUCUGGUGUUCCUCCUGCUGGAGUGAAUAUGUAACAGUGAAUAAAUUACAGGCUUCAUUGCAGUAGAGUGAGUGCAUGUUGUGUUGCAGCCUCAGCUGCUGGGUUUCUCCUCUGGCAACAGCUGGUGGAACCGUGUUUCGACAUCAGAGGCUGAAGAAGCUUGUGUGGACGAAGGGUACCGGGAAGGAGAAGGGAUUUAGUGUAGAGACACAAAGUGUAGGUUGUGAUGUUGGUUUUCUUUUCCACACUGAGUUUUAAGUGCCAGAGAGGUGGGCGCUUUAGAUUUGAGUCACCCCAGUAGCUGAUCGAGGAGGAGAGGAGUAAAGCGGGAGGAUAACGUGGAAAAGAGAAGUGGAAGGAUACAGGAUGAUCUUAGGAAGUGUAAACCGACCAGGGCCGGUCCCUGCCUUCCUCAGGAGCCCACCUGUCAUCCCAACCCCCCUGGAUAUGAAGCCCUUUCUUCAGUUUCCCUUGGAAUCGCCUCACCCAGCAAGCAUUGGUCUCUUUCACAACUUUAAUACAAUGGACCCUGUCCAGAAGGCAGUGAUGACGCACACCUUCGGGCCACCUAUGGUGAAAACAAAGAGACCAAUAAUCUCCUGCAAUGUGUGUCAAAUACGCUUCAAUUCUGAGAGUCAGGCAGAGGCCCAUUAUAAGGGGAACCGCCACGCUCGAAGAGUGAAGGGUAUUGAAACAUCUAAGACAACACGUCCCCAAGAUGGAGACAAACAGCAUCCUCCCCCAUCUGCUUCACCAGCCCCUCCAGGACUCUUGCCGCCCAGUCCGAAGCCCGAUCCUAAUCAUAAUAAGCAGGAUGACACUCAGUACUGUCUCAACUUGAAAGAGCCACCUUUGACUCCAAACUGUCUUCCAACACCCACACUGAGCUCAGCAGACAUAGAGUGCCCCCUCAGCACACCGUUGCCAUCCUCUCCUUCCCCCUCUGCAGCCUUCAGUGUCCCCUCAGCAGAUCCAGCAGCUGCUGGUCUUCCUGACACCCCUUCCCCAGCACCCAGCCCGUCUUCAGGAGAGUCGGAGGAGGAGAAAGCCAAGAAGCUUCUUUACUGCUCCCUCUGCAAAGUAGCUGUUAAUUCCCUCUCACAGCUGGAGGCACAUAACAAAGGUACCAAACACAAAACUAUCUUGGAGGCUCGAAGUGGACUGGGACCGAUUAAAGCAUACCCACGUUUGGGUCCUAAACCCAGCCCUGAGCAGGGAGGGGAACUGUCCUCCGACCCAAAUACUCAGGAACGCACCUUCCACUGUGAGAUAUGCAACGUUAGAGUCAACUCUGAGCUGCAGCUUAAACAGCACAUAUCGAGCAGAAGGCACCGGGAUGGAGUUGCAGGGAAGCCUAAUCCUCUUCUCAGUCGGCACAAGAAGCGCACAGACUUUAUGGUAUAUAUUGUCUUUUCACUCAUAAUCUCACUAUCAUCAAGGUUUAAAACUUAUUUUGCAUUGAAAUUCUCCCUGUCUCUCUUUAAGGAACUUCCAAAAACUCUGGGGCCUGGACUUUUACCAAAUCCCCUGGCUGUUGCUGCAGCAAUGGCAGCAGCAGCAUCCUCAAAUCAGCUGGCACUACGUCCUCCUGGCCCGACCUCCCACCCUCACCACCAUCCUCACCUCCUACAAGGAACACCCCUCAGCCUGCUGAGACCAGCCCCAGGUCCCAUCCGCACUACACACGGGCCAAUCCUCUUCACUCCUUACUAACAGCGAGGAAACAAAGAUGAAUCAGGAAGAAGCACACUGUGAAUUGGAGGCAUCCAUGUGCCAUCGAGAGCCAAAUUGGCUGUUUUUGCUGGAACUGUUGAUUCAUUAUGAUAAGACGAAAAUAUUACUCGUCAUUGUGUUGAAAUGUAUGUUUCUGUCCUCUCCGGUCUCUCCUCCACACCAAACUGUCAGUGAGUGAUCGCAUGUCUGUGCAGGUAGUUUGAAGAGGAACCUAUAUAAACAUGUUUAUAUCAAUCACUUCCUUGAGUAUCUUCCAAACUGCAACUAAAUGUCCUCAUUUAUAGUAACAUGUGAUCCACUGCAUUGGACUUAAAACCCUACCUCUCCUUUGUUUUUAAUGUUCUUCUCUGCAGUGAUUCAUCACUAAAACAAAGCAUUAAUCCUAUCAAACAUGGAGUUAGAUGUAGUAACUGCCUCUAGCUGGCUAGCAUCAUACUGUAGCUGUCAUAGUGUAAUGGAUUACACCACUGUAAAGUUCUGCUUUUGUGGCCUAU